AACAAAUAAUUAUACGAUGCUUGUCCUUUUGCUCUCCGUCCGUCUCCACCAACGACAGUCGACGAUGCCAGCAACAUGGAUCUUUCCUCCUCUUGAUAUCUUUGGCAAGAAGGCUUGAACCGGUGGCGUUGCCAGACAAGGCUGAAGAAACAGGUGCCAAUAUCGCUAACCGGUUUCAGCCUUCUUGCCGAACGUUUCAGGAAAAAGGGACAGCCGGCCCGACCCAUCUUUGAAAUUCAGGUAACAUUACUCCUUCUCGCAGGGAAGGAAUGUGAUCGAUGCUCAUUUGCAAAAGGGUUAUAGGUAUAAUAUGCCCCUCUACUAUGAUGUUUUAUCAAACAUGCCCUUUUAAUAUUUUUUAUAUUAAUUAUGCUCUUGUACUUUGUAAAAAUGAUCAAACAUGCCCUUUUGUUUAAAUUUUCAUCCAAAAACCGUUAACCAAGGUCGAACUUUGGUUUGGGCGGCACAAAUGUCUAAAAUAUCCCUAAUAAUUCCACUUUAGAAUUUUUUUUUGGUUCUUUUGUAUAGCCAAAUAAUUCAAAUAAUUUCCCUUUGAAGAGACCUAGAGAAAUAAAACGGGAGACAAAACUGACAUUUCGCUCUCAUUUGCCGAUGACGGGUCGUCUAAAUCUCGAUUCAACCAUGAUUGACGAUUUUUGAAAUGAAAAUUUUAACAGAAGGGCAUGUUUAAUAAUUUUUUCGAAGUACAUGGGUAUGUUUGAUGUAAAAAAUAAUAGAGCGGCAUGUUUGAUAAAACGUCAUAGUAGAGGGGCAUAUUAUACCUAUAACCCUUUGCAAAAAAUAAUAAACACACACCUUUACCCCGGUACUAUGACAUGAUGUGAUGUCUCAAGGGUUUUGGUUUCAUGACUUUGCCAUAAGUUUAGGCUUAUCUUAAUUUAUGCAAUGUUGUUUUAGAUCGAGCAACCUUCUGCUAAAUAGGAUCUGGACGGCUCGCUCUAGUUUUACUAUAAUCGCCCUAACUUGAAAUUGGAAAUUACGUUAAAGGACAAAUAUAACAAAAAUCGCAAACCAACACAUCCUAGAAAAAAUCACUCUCUCCGUCAUAGAUGUUCGCCGCUUUCAUCCAACCAUUCCAUGCAUAUGUUCAGGUCCCCGAUGUUAGUAUAUGCAUAUUUGAUCUUCUAUUUCAAUUAGGUCUAUUUUUUGGGGGGUUAAAGUGAAUGGCAAUUGAUAUGCUUGAGAUGUUUAAGGUGACCGCGUUGUUCAAGCUCCCCCAGCCAUCGAUUCAGGGAGUUGAGUCGGGACUCAUUCACAGAAGGGAGGUUUAGAGGGUUAACGAGAGGUAUCGAUCGGAACGAGAUAGACAAGUGAGAGAGUAGAAUGGAAGAAGGGUGAGAUUAGUAGAACUUGGAAUCUUAGAUGCUCAAUUUUCUAUGUCAUAUUGAUUCAAUUUAUAUGAAAAAAAUUCGGUAAUAUAUACCACCAUUGUAUAUGACAUCUCCACUACCGUAUUAUUUGUUCCAAAAUAUAUCAAAGUGAAUGUCAUUUUUUACCAUAAUUAUUUCAAUUUAUAUGAAAACUAUAGUUAAAACGAAUAAGAUAUAAAAUGUUGAAGAUUAAUGCAAGAGUGGUUAUGCAUUAUGCAUAAACUUCAGUAUUGACAACAAGGAAAUUUAUAGUAAGAGGAAAAUCCGUCGACUUUAGAAAUCGCGAGAGUCAUUCGCCUGAACUGCUCCGGACACUCUUCACAACAAUUAUUUUUUUCACCACUAUCUUUAUAGACAUUUGUCCUUUUUACUCUGUUUAGGUCAAUAAUGUUCGUAAAUUCAUCAAAAUUUCAUUUUUGACAACAUUUUCUUCUACUUAAUUGUUGAUGAUACGAGCAUGUAUCGACACCCAUAUUUGUCAAAGUCGCGUAGCUUCAAGAACGAAAAAGAACAAGGAUUUUUAGGGUUUUCGUUUUGGAAUAUGAUGGAAUUGAAAGUGCAAUGUCAUCACAAACAUAUGAGAAGACUCUAGCAAUUAAAAGAUAGAAUCUCGACCACAAUCAAGGGAGAGCACUCGAUGGUUGACUCUAAGAAACUUACCAGUUGGAGGAAUUUCAAUAGUAAUGAUGUGCUCAUCAACAACAUCAUCAUCAUCAUCAUAAUUGAUUCAAUUCCCCAUUGGAUUCUCUUCUGCUUCCUCUUCAUCGGAAAAGUAAUCGCCAUCUCGCAAGAUCAGAACCUUCUUGUUGGGGCACUGGUUUUCCUUGUAACCGUGUUCCUAGCAGCUGACUUGCACAUUCUUGUCUAGGGUGAGUCAUAUUAGUCUCAGGAAUAUUGCUCUCUGCAAUAGGUUUGGGUGAAGGUGGAUACCUUCUUCUUGAGUUGACCCUCAACUGCUUCUCCACCUUAAUAGCUAGGUGAACCAUUUCCUCGAGCUUCACAAAUGAACGAAGCUCAACUUCGUACCUAAUCUCUAUAUUGAGGCCAUGUAUGAAGCGAAAAGUUGUAGCUUCCUUAUCUUCCCUCACAUCUGCCCUCAUCAAAAGCAGUUCAAGCUCCUGAUAAUACUCCUCGACAGAUCGUGCUCCUUGUCGAACUCCAUGCAAGGAAUCAAAGAGUUCCCUUUGAUAGUACACUGGCAUGAACCUCUCUUUCAUGAGCCCUCUCAAUUAAGCCCAAGUUGUCACAUUCGGCUGCAAAUUCCUUCUCCUCUUGAGUUGUACCUGCUCUCACCAUUUAGUUGGAUAAUUUGUGAAUUCACAUGUGGCUAGUAGUACCUUAUGCUGCUCGCUAUAUUAUAAAAGAUAUAAUCUCGACCACAAUCAAGGAAAAAACUUGAUUUAUACAGAGAACAAUUCACAAGGUUAAAACUCAAUAAACCAAGAUAAAAAAUCAAUAUUUUACAAAAAAACUAACUCAAAAUUCGUGUCUUAAGCUCUUUAUAUAGUCCAUCGAAAAUAAAAUAACAAAAAACAAACCAUGAAAAGGAGAUUGCAUCAGCCAGCCCGAUCCCCGGUCGGACCCUCUUCAGAUCGCCGAUCGGGAGGUUUACCCUCAACCGACCGGGGCCCUACUGCCUACAAUCCCCAGUUGCCCCUCUCGAUCCCAGUUGGGGAUUUUCCCUCUUCUGGCCGGGUGUCGCUCCUUCCCUCAAUCCCCUCGCGACUCUUUUCACUCGGUCAGUUGGAAUUGCAUGUGUUGGUCUGUACUUAAACUUUGCUCAAGCCACCAUCAUUCAACAAACUCAUUCAACAAGGCUAAAUUAGUUGGAUUUGCACAAUCUCUCAUCUUCAAUCAAUUUUAAAUAUUAACAUUUUAUUUUUAAAUAAAAAUACAUCAAUACUUCACGCUUAUCUAGCUAAGUUAUGUAUUUGUUUGUUAUAAUGUCUAUUUUAUGAAACCUCGUUUAUUAUAAUGUCUAUGAGAGAACAAAGUUGCAUUGCACAAUGAGAAAAUUCGAACCUCUACAUUUUUAAUGAGAAACAUUACAGUUGUUGCUGUUUCCUUUUUUGGUCUUUUGUUAUUAAAUUAAUUUUAUAUGGUAAUGCGAAGUGUAUAACAGAUUGUGUUAAUAUCCUUCAUAAAAGAUUAAAGAUAAUGCAUAACUAUAAUUAUACAAUUUGAUAGUGUAGUACUACAAAUACACCUUGAAUAGAUGUUCAUGAGAUGCAAUUGUUCAUUUCUUUUGGGUAAAUUACAAGUUCGGUCACUGGGAUAACUAAAAAUUUUAAUGUUUGUCACUAAAAAUAUUCUAUUCCAUUCGUGGUCACUGAAAUUAGUUCAACAGUCUCCAUUAACAACGUGAUUUAUUUUGCUGAUGUGGCUAACAAAAAUAACUAAUCAACCAAUUUCAACCUAUAAAAAAUUAAAAACCUGACUUGCCACAACAGAUAGACCACCCCAACCCCAACCCUUCUAUUUGACUCGACUAGGAAAAAAAAAGCUACCUCCAAUCGGAACCCUACUGCCUUCCACAACUUACUGAUCGUUGCCUGACUACUGGAGAUGUAAAUUCCAGCCAUAGCACACACCAAAAUCCACGAGUGCGCCUAGGAGUGGGGAAGGCAAUCGAACCACCAACAUCGCCUUAGCAUCAAAAUGACCGUACAAAUCAGUAGCUCGAGUCGGAGCGACCAAGUAGGUCGUUGAAGCAAUGGAGAAGGUCUGGGUUGGAAAACACUUUUUUCCCACAAUCGGUUGUUUAUUUGUUUCUUUAGGCUUAAGAUACGGUUACUAAUCAAUAGUUACUGAUUGA